AUGCCUGCAUGCCCUUCAUGCGCCGAGACGGUCAUAGAAUAUGACCACGCCAGUGGUAGCGGCUUCUGCAUGGGCUGCGGAACUGUCGUCGAAGAAAAUGCUAUCGUGAACGAGGUCACGUUUGGCGAGACAUCAACGGGUGCCGCAAUGGUGCAAGGCGCUUAUGUCGGACAAGGAGCCACUCACGCACGUAUGGGCGGACCUUUCGGUAACCGGGGGAGUAAUGAGUCUCGAGAACAGACCAUCGCGAAUGCCCAGCGGAAGAUCACUAGCAUUGCACAUAUCCUGCGCCUAUCGGAUAACGUUUCACUGGCAGCAACCCGACUGUAUACCCUGGCGGUCGAGCACAAGUUCACCAAGGGUCGCAAGAGCUUGAACGUCGUCGCGGUGUGCUUGUAUAUCGCUUGCCGCCAGAAGGAGACGCGGAACUACAUGUUGAUUGAUUUCUCCGACCUGCUUCAGGUGAAUGUCUUCGAGUUGGGUCACACAUACUUGCAGCUCGUACAGACCCUGAACCUACAACUACCUCUCGUCGACCCUUCCCACUAUGUUGCCCGCUUCGCAGCUCUCCUCGAGUUCGGCGAAGAGACUCAGAAAGUCACACUUGACGCUGUUCGACUCGUUCAGCGCUUCGACCGCGACUGGAUGACCAAAGGUCGCCGGCCCGCCGGUAUCUGCGGCGCCUGUCUUCUACUCGCCGCCCGCAUGAACAACUUCCGACGUUCUGUGGAGGAAGUUGUUCAAGUUGUCAAGAUUGCCGACACCACACUACGCAAGCGUCUCGAAGAGUUUAAGAACACGCCUAGCGGAGCUUUGACUCUUACGGACUUUCGGACGGUGUGGUUGGACGAGGAGAUGGAUCCACCUGCAUACACUAAGGGAAAGGAGAAGGAAAUGGAAGAGGCGGAGGGCGAAGAGGAUAUGGAUGAGGACGCGACGGGAAAGAAGCGCAAACGGAAGAAGGGGAAGGGGAAAAGCGAGGGGCGCAGAAAGAAGAGGAAGAAGCGUCGUGUUGGGAUCGAUGAUAGUGACGAGGAAGCCGAAGAGACCCCCGAGCCUGAAGCCAACCCCGAAUUCAAUGGCACGCCCGCGCCGGUACCAGACCUCGCGCGCCCGUACUUUGAUCCUGCGCUGUUGAAUCAAGGCAUCUUCGCUGGUACAUCGCAGCCCGAACCUCUUUUCUUCCCCGACGCUGCCGAUGAGGUAGAAGGGGAGUCCCAGGUCCACGACGAGAACAUCGACCCCACGCUGCUCGGCAUCUCACAACCAUAUACAUCAGGUUCUACACUCGCGCCUACCCAGACCUCCAUCCCAUCCACGUCCGCAACGCUCGUCGAAGAUCUCGAUAAGACUGACGAUUCGGCGCUGCGCAAGAAACUGGCCGACCUACCAGAGGAGCAUCCCGCUGAGGCAUCUGCGUCUGCAAUGCUUGCAGACGAAGUCACGACGUUCUUGCACAACGCGCAGGGAGAACAGUUGGUGGAAGCACUGCAGGAGGCGGACGAACGACGGCGUGCCCAAAUUGAGGUCGUCGACGAGUUGCUCGGGCUUGACGAGGAUGAGCUGGAUGCGUUCUUGCUCACGGAGGACGAGAUCAAGCUGAAAGAGCGGGUAUGGGUGGAGAUGAACCGCGAUUAUCUGGAAGCCAUCGCUGCGCGCGGGGAGCAGCAGGAGACGGGUGAGACUAAGAAGACUCGCAAGCGGCGCAAAUCAAACAACAAGCCUCGCGACGCGUCCACUCCUUCUGGCAAUACGGCAGCCGAGUCCGUCAAGAACCUACUGAAGAAGAGCAGCAAGUACAGUAAGCGCAUCAAUUACGACGCGCUAAAGGGCCUAUUCUCAGAGGAUGGCACGAGCAAAACGGAGGAUAAGCUGUAUACGUUCGACGAUGACAAGGAGGACGAGGAGGCCGGAGAUGCAGACGACUAUGUCACGGAAGGUGGCACGGCUGGGGUCGGGGAGAGCGAUAAGGAGGAUGAGUGGGCGGCUGAGGAUGUGUAUGAGCAAGAGGUGUAA